UUCAACACGCAGGCUCCAGGGCGCGUGCCCUACGCUGCCGGCUCUGAUUGGCCGCCACGGGUAAGGGCGCCGCCCAAUGGGAGGUGUGGAUGGUGAGGGGUGCCGCACACCGGGAGCCGGGGGUCUGUGUCAAGAGCGGCGGGGUCUGCAGGAGGCGAGAGAGACGGGCACUGCUUUCCCCACAAUGGCAGAGAUGGCCGAGACGACCGAGAUGCUGACCCAGAUAUCACCAAGGGCAAUGGCGAUGGCAACAGAGGUGACUGAUGUGAAACCUGAGGAAGCCCUGGCCUCAUCCCUCUUCCUCCAGCACCACCAGUUCAUGUGCUCUGAGUGUGGCAGCCUCUACAACACACUGGAGGAGGUCAUCUCACACCAGGAUCAGCAUGUGCCCACUGUCCCAGAGGAGGAGGCACUGACCACCCAGGACGCUGGCCUGGAGCCAGAGCUGGUGCCAGGUACUGAGGAUGGGCCUUUCCAGUGUGGUGAGUGCAGCCAGCUCAUCCUCUCCCGUGGUGAGCUCCUGGCCCACCAGGACUCCCACCUGCAGGCGUCUGCAAGCCAGAUCCAGUACCAGUGUGGGGACUGCCAGGAGCUGUUCCCCUUGCCUGAGCUGUGGGUGGCUCAUCGGAAGGCCCAGCACCUUUCUACUGCAGCGGCCGGACCACCAGUGCUGCCGCCUCCCCCGCCCCCUCCCUCAGCACCACCACCUCAGUCUCCUGCUCCACCUGGAGUCAAGAUGGAGCCCUACGAGUGUCCUGAAUGCUGCACCCUCUGUGCCACCCCUGAGGAAUUCUUGGAGCAUCAAGGCACCCACUUUGACUCCCUAGAGAAAGAGGAAUGCAAUGGGCUAGAGGAAGAUGAGGAUGAAGAAGAUGAUGAGAUGGAGGAGGAGGAGGAGGCGUUGGCCUCAGAGGUUGGUGACAGUGCUAUAGAGGGCGACAAGUCCACAGAUGCCCGGACCCAGAACUGUGGAGAUUGUCCCCAGCACUGGACCUCCGCAGAGGCACGCCGACGACACCGGCGCGCAUCCCAUGGCCCAGCAUCAACAACCCACCCCUUCCGCUGCAGCCAGUGCCAACGCAGCUUCAGCUCGGCAAACCGGCUGCUGGCUCAUGGGCGGGCCCAUGUCGGGGGCACACACGAGUGUACCACCUGCUUCAAGGUCUUCAAGAAAGCAGCUUCACUGGAACAGCACCUGCGGCUGCACCGCGGGGAAGCCCGCUACCUCUGCGUGGACUGUGGCCGUGGCUUCAGCACAGAACUCACCCUGGUGGCCCACCGGCGGGCCCACACCGCCAACCCAUUGCAUCGCUGCCGCUGCGGCAAGACAUUCAGCAACAUGACCAAGUUUCUCUACCACAGGCGCACCCACGCCGGCAAGAGUGGGGUGCCCCCCCUCACAGCAGGAGCCUCCCUGACUCCAGCGGAGCCCAUGCCCCCGCCACCGCCCCCUACCCCACCUGCCCAGCUGCCCUGCCCACAGUGCUCUAAGUCCUUCGCCUCAGCCUCCCGCCUCUCUCGGCACCGGCGCACAGUCCAUGGGCCCCCUGAGCGGCGACACUGCUGCGGGGUUUGUGGCAAGGGAUUCAAGAAGCUGGUCCAUGUGCACAACCACCUGCGGACACACACGGGCGAGAGGCCCUUCCAGUGCCACUCCUGUGGCAAGACCUUUGCUUCUCUGGCCAAUCUCAGCCGCCACCAGUUGACCCACACAGGCGUGCGUCCCUACCAGUGCCUGGACUGUGGUAAGCGCUUCACACAGAGCUCCAACCUGCAGCAGCAUCGGAGGCUGCACCUGCGGCCAGUGGCCUUCGCUCGAGCACCCCGCCUCCCCAUCACUGGUCUCUACAACAAGAGCCCCUACUACUGCGGGACGUGCGGCCGCUGGUUCCGUGCCAUGGCAGGCCUGCGCCUGCACCAGCGGGUCCAUGCUCGAGCACGGACGAUGACACUACAGCCCAGAUCACCACCUCCCGCCUCACCCCCACCCACCCAGCCUCAGCAGACUAUCAUGUGCACUGAGCUCGGGGAGACCAUCGCCAUCAUCGAGACAUCCCAGCCGCUGGCACUUGAGGACACACUGCAGCUGUGCCAGGCGGCACUGGGGGCCAGUGAAGCGAGCGGGCUGUUGCAAUUGGACACGGCCUUCGUGUGACACAGCUAAGAGCGACAAGAAGAGUUUGGUUGCAGCAGCAAGUGUGGGCUCCUCUGGGGAGGAAGGGGACCGCACCCUGGCAAGUCCACCCCAGUGGGUUCCAGGAUCUACCCGGGCAUCUUACCCACUGGCUCCUCAGGACAGCCCUGCCAGGUUUCUCUUGUCACCUUCCUCUGCCUGAGGGGAAACCGAAGCUCUGAGACGUGAUACGAUCUGUCCCAGGUCACCCCGCAUAGCAGGGUUUGCCAAGGUUCUUUGCAUCACCCUGCUACCCAGAAACAUCAGGUAACCUUUCCUGAGCCCUGGCCAUGUGCUCAGGUAUGUGCCCCAUACAUCUUUAGGUCCUUCGCUGCCCCCCAGCCCUAGCUUCCCUGGACUUUCAGCACCCAGGACUCAGCCAUGCCUGGUGGAGGAAGGUACUGACUUCUCGGGGCUUCCUUAAUCUCACCUUUAACGAUGGAAGGAAACCUCUAGGUGCCCUCGUGCUCAGCUGCAGACAGGGAUGCUGGAGUCCCAGGAAUGAGUCAGACACGGGGCUCGGCCCAGGAGGCCUAUAGUGUGUGAGGAACAUGCACAAGUACAGAUGGCCU